AUGGCAGUUGAUAUAUUGGUGAAGGGUUUAGAAAUGAAGCCUGAAGAAAUUGAAGAUAUAAUGUACUGUGAGAAUACAAAGAUUCUGAUAAUCAAGGCUAAUGGAAAGGAACAUAAAUACGCAGUUGAGAAAAGAGACGAGACAUAUAUAAUCAAUUACAAUGAAAGCCCUGUACUUACAAACAACUUAGCAAGAGAAGUCAAGGAAUAA